GUUGAGGCCGAAAACUCAGACUCAAGCAGGACCUGGACGACACUGGAGUGCCUCUGAGGAAGGGAUAUAUACAGUACUGGACGCUAGGACGGCAUUUUAACUAGCCGAGCUUCAGCGGAGCUACCACCGAGUCUCCGAGCUCCUGCUGUCGAGGCCGCCGCGGUUGUGUAUCUCCCCUCCGACUGUGUGUCGCUGCCUGCUGGUCACAGUAAUCCAGACCCGCUGCUAUUAAUGAGAUUGAGAGGAGACUGAAGCCGCUGUGUGGCGACGCAGACGCCACGAACCUGUCUGAGAUUUAAGUCUUUAUCCAGCCCGGAGGAAACAUAAGGACUCAGCUGUUGCUGCUGGUUAGACGGGGCUAACAGCUGAGGCUGCCGGACCGGAUAAACAUCCCGAUAAAGCUCCAACUACAUGGAACAAGUCAGCGGCGGAGCACCGUCUCAUUUUGCGCUAGAAGAACUGUUAUGACAGACCUAUAGACACCAGUGUCUCUCUGUAGCAGCACGGUGGGAUUUAUCACUGGGGAUAUAUUUGAUUAAGGCAUCCUAAGAGCAGCAGUUUGAAGCCUCUGCAUCAGUGCCAUGAAUCAGCCUGGACAACAGCUGCUACCUACAUAGAGGUCACUUUACCUCUCUUUCCAUUUGCUUCGGUCCAGAGGAUGCUGGGAAUGUGUCGCGGGCGCAGGAAGUUCCUGGCGGCCUCUCUCGCCCUGCUCUUCAUCCCAGCACUCACCUGGCUUUACCUGUCAGUAGGAAGCUUUCAAGUGAAGCCCCUCCCCCUUUCUCCAUUGGAAGCCCAAUCAUCAACACCGGUGGGUGGAGCCGGUGAGCGUCAGGCCUUAGAGCUGCGUGUCCGGGCAGUAGAGGAAGAAAACCGGGCACUGCGCCGGGAGCUGAGCCGGCCACCCAGGAGUCCAUCUGCGCGCCUUCCAAGCGGUGGUCACCGUGGCAACCAAAGCCGAACCCAUUCAGAGGAAGGCACCGGCGACAAUGAGGGCCAGAAAGCUGCUGCAGUGGGAAACAGCUCAGACUGUGUGCAGCAGCCAGUGGUGGAUAAGUGUGAAACCAUCCACGUGGCCAUCGUAUGUGCAGGUUACAACGCCAGCCGAGACGUGGUGACACUGGUUAAAUCUGUCCUUUUCCACAGGCGGAACCCACUACAUUUCCAUUUCAUCACAGACUCCAUUGCUCAGCAGAUCCUGUCCUCUCUUUUCCAUACCUGGAUGGUCCCUGCCGUCAGGGUCGACUUCUACGACGCAGACGAGCUGAAGUCCGAGGUGUCAUGGAUCCCUAACAAACAUUACUCUGGAAUCUAUGGCCUGAUGAAGCUGGUGCUCACUAAGACACUGCCAUCCGACCUGCAGAGAGUCAUCGUCCUGGACACAGACAUCACAUUUGCUACUGACAUCGCUGAACUCUGGGCUGUCUUCCAUAAGUUUAAAGGUCAGCAGGUUCUUGGUCUGGUGGAGAACCAGAGUGACUGGUACCUGGGGAACCUGUGGAAGAACCAUCGACCCUGGCCAGCUCUGGGCAGAGGCUUCAACACUGGGGUGAUUUUGCUUCUCCUGGAUCGUUUGCGGAAGCUGAGAUGGGAGCAGAUGUGGAGGUUGACUGCAGAGAGAGAACUAAUGAGCAUGCUGUCCACCUCCCUGGCAGACCAGGACAUCUUCAACGCUGUGAUCAAACAGAACCCAUUCCUGGUUCACCAGCUGCCCUGCUUCUGGAAUGUCCAGCUGUCUGACCACACCCGCUCCGAGAAGUGCUACAAAGACGUGUCAGACCUCAAGGUGAUCCACUGGAAUUCUCCCAAGAAGCUGCGAGUGAAGAACAAGCAUGUGGAGUUUUUUCGGAAUCUCUAUCUGACUUUCCUGGAGUACGAUGGCAACCUGCUGCGGCGAGAGCUGUUUGGCUGUCCCAGCGAGGCUGACCACAACAGUGAGAACCUUCAGAAGACUCUGUCAGAGCUGGAUGAAGAUGAUCCCUGCUAUGAGUUUCGUCGAGAGCGAUUCACCGUCCACCGAACACACCUCUACUUCCUCCACUAUGAGUAUGAGCCCAGCUCUGACAACACAGAUGUCACUCUGGUCGCCCAGCUUUCUAUGGACAGGCUCCAGAUGUUGGAGGCCAUUUGUAAGCACUGGGAAGGCCCCAUCAGCUUGGCCCUGUACCUGUCCGAUGCUGAGGCCCAGCAGUUCCUGCGCUAUGCGCAGGGCUCCGAGGUGCUCAUGAGCCGAGGGAACGUUGGUUACCACAUUGUCUACAAAGAGGGACAGUUCUACCCAGUCAACCUGCUGCGUAAUGUGGCCAUGCGGCAGGUCAACACACCUUACAUGUUCCUAUCAGACAUCGACUUCCUGCCCAUGUACGGCCUGUACGAGUACCUCAGGAAGUCAGUGGUGCAGCUGGACAUGGCCAAUGCCAAGAAAGCUCUGGUUGUUCCAGCCUUUGAGACGCUGCGAUAUCGCUUGUCAUACCCAAAGUCCAAGGCUGAGCUGCUCUCUCAGCUAGACAUGGGCACACUCUUCACCUUCAGGUACCAUGUGUGGACUAAAGGCCACGCACCGACUAAUUUUGCCAAAUGGCGGACAGCCACCACGCCUUACAGGGUGCAGUGGGAAGCCGACUUUGAGCCCUACGUCAUGGUGAGGAGAGACAGUCCUGAGUAUGACCGCCGCUUUGUGGGCUUCGGCUGGAACAAGGUGGCUCACAUCAUGGAGCUGGACGCACAGGAGUAUGAGUUUGUGGUGCUGCCCAACGCCUACAUGAUCCACAUGCCUCAUGCGCCCAGCUUUGACAUCACCAAGUUCCGCUCCAACAAGCAGUACCGGGUCUGCCUCAAGACCCUGAAGGAGGAGUUCCAGCAGAACAUGUCGCGGCGCUAUGGCUUCGCCGCUCUAAAAUACAUGACGGCUGAGAACAACAGCUAGCCACCACUGCAGACCCUCACGUCCCCAGCCCUGAACUACUGACACACUCCAUGGGCUGGGGAAGAGGGGGGGCACAGGAAACGGACAGCCCAUGUGAGGCCAUGGGGAUACUUUGAGACUUGAGUCCCUCAGAUUUUGUUAGAACGUUUGACCCUCAGUGUGGGACUGUAAGGGUCUUUAUGUCCAUUCUUUGUCCUCUGCUGUGGAUGGUGGACAUAAUCCAGGAGGAGAUCAUUUCUGCCAGGAUGUAAAAGCUGUGAUAGACGACACGAGUGACUGCUCAGCCCGACUGUGUGGGCCCUGAGCUCUGGCCCUGAAAUCUGACAGACAGCAGGCAAGAAAGGCAUACAUUGAACGCCUUGCCAUAUUUGUAAGAGCAGUGACAGAGUUGUGGGCUGUGUGUAACAUUAUGUAUGUAUGCGUGCAAGUGUGUGUAUGUGCAGGUAGAUGAAAAGUGCGACUGUGUGUUUGUUCCUCCAGGACAGUGCUUAGCAAAAAGCUUAAGGAGAUGUGAAGCGUUGUGGGCUUACAUUCUGUUUGCACGCCUUCCAAGUGCCAACAAAGAGCAGCAGCAGCCUGACUGACAGCACACCCCGACUCAAAUGCAAAUCGUCACCAGGCGGCGAGAUAAGACAAAGCGGUAAACAUGUCCACACAGAUUUUGAAAAUCUCAUUGUGACGAGUGACACACACUCAGAUAUUGAGGCGAGCAGCCAGCCAGCCAGCCGACCAUCUGCUGCUGCUUAAUUUGUUUCAUAGCUGAUGCAGAUCAGAAUAAAUCCUCCUCCUCGUAUGACAAGGGAAGUUAAGUGCAAAGAUGGUUGGAGGUCGUCCAUGCGGUUGAUAUUCAGGGUAUCUCCACAUCAGCCUGAGCGUGCUGCUACAGAUUGUUUCCAGUGUUUUGUUAUGACCGCAGAAUCUGACAGCAGCUGGUGCAGUGUGCUUUUUAUUUUGUGUGUUUUAAACUGAUGCCGGUCCGCACAAACACCUGCUGGAAGUCCUGUCAGCUUGCGAAGCUGUCGCCCCACCACACCGAGCAGGCCAAGCACCAAUCACUGAGCUCACCAUUUAAUUUUCUUUCCAACAAUCACUAUUAUUUAUCAGUGUGUUUACAGUCCUGGUGGGUGAAGCAAGGAGGGGUGGUGUCUCCCCCACUCACUGUCAGAAAGAUCUGGAGGAAAGGAAAGAGAAAGUCAACCAAGUGCAGUCAGGAGAGACGUUCUUUCUUUCCUCCCUCUCUCUGUUUCUUUCUUCUCACUCUGGCCUCUAGUUUAAUGACAUUACAGCAGCAGCCAAUAACGCUGCAGCGGUGUGUGUUCUCCUGUCUGUAUUGUCAAACACCAUCGCGCUGGGUGUGGUCAUAUUCUGUUUAACUGCUGUAGCAUCUGUGACUGACAAAACCACCCAGUUAUCUAGAGAGAGUGAAGACAGAAUACACUGACUGACAGUCGCUAUAAUAUUAUACUCACACCAUAUGAUAAAGAUAUCAUAGCAUCACUGUUGAGUAUCAGGAUAGCAUGUUACUAAAUAAUAAGAUAAAGCUUAAGUUUGAUAAAGUCAUGAAGGGAAUACAGAUAACAGAGAAAUAUGAUAGUGAUGUAAGAAAUGACAUUUAAGAAUGUUAAGUAUGUUAAUUAGACUUUAGCGGUAUCUAUUACUUCAUACCUUCCUGAAAUUUAAGCGGGGUAUAUGGUGUAUGAUGGUAUUUGUGUGCCGCUACCUGCUACCCCCACCACCACAUCGACCGGGGAGUUUUCUGCAUUCCACAGGUUCUCUUCGCUUUUUCAAGCAAUUUUACAGUUGUUGCCAGUUGUUUACAGUCCUGUAACAUUAUCCCCAUCACUGGCAGUCACCAUGUUUGCCAGCUC